AUGGUCGAAACGUGCGCCAUGGUUGGUUGCUUCGCCGAGAACUGUGACAACUACCUGACGGUGGACCUAGAACCUGAAGAUUUUAGCGGCGGUUCCACCAGUCGCUCCUCGCGCGCGACCGAACCCCGCGAGAGGGUUCGAGUCGACGUUUCGCGAGACAUGAAAAGGCUCAGGGUGUUCGACGGCUCCUCGUUCGAGGGACCGUCUCCUCGGAGCGCAAAGUUCAAGCGUCGCAUCGCCAGGUAUUUCCCAGGAAGCGCGACCGCCGCCGACGAGAGAUUGGACGCGGAAGCGAGAGGGGUGAAGGAGGUCAGGGAGGCUCCCGCGAGCAUUGAGGUUGUGGAAGAGCCAGAUGAACCUCCCUUCGCCGAAGCAGCCACGAACGAUGAGCCCGACGAGAAACCCAACGCGGCCAAGACCGGUGAUGAGGUCGAGCCUGUCCCGUACAGCUCCCUCGCCGCUCUCGACGAGGGGAUGGCGAGGAUCAUGAAGAGCAACCGCAAGCGAUCGAGGGACGCGCAGACGCUGCUCAAGCGCGCUGUUAAGACCAAGGAGAUUAAAUUCUUCAACCGUAUCAUCAAAGAUUUCGGCAACGACAAGCAGAUGGGAUUCGCCGAGGAGGCCUUCCGGCGCAUCGGUGACGCGGGCCUGUCGCCCACGGUGUACAGCUACACGAACCUUCUCAACGCGUGCGUUCGCGUCGGCGAGCUGGACAGGGCGAGGAAGGUUUGGGACGACAUGAUCGCCGCCGGCGUGGAUCCUAACGAAGUUACGUACACCGUGCUCGUCAAGGGUCUCGCGCAGGACGGGCUCCUCGCCGAGGCGGCUCGGACCGUGCGCGACAUGACCGCUCAGUCCCGCGCCGGCGUCGAGGGCGUCGCUCCAAACGUUCGGACCUUCUCCACGCUCCUUCGAAACUGCGUCCGGCACGCGGAUCCCGGCGUCGCUGACGAGUGCAUCGCCGCCAUGAGAGAUGCGGACGUCAAACCUGACGUGGCGUCGUUCGAGUACCUUCUCAAGGCUCGGUGCGCGGCGAUGGAUGCGAAAGGAGCGUGGGCGGUUGUUGACGACAUGGACCGGGAGUAUCUCGAGGUUCCGCCCCAGGCGCACGCCGCGCUCGCGACCGUGUCGAGUUUGACGGGUGAUGUAGAGAAGGCGAGAUCGGCGUGCGAGGCUGCGCGCCAGGCGGUGAAGGACAACGGUGCGGGGACGGUUGAGGAUGACGGCGCAGGCGAGUUGUUUGGGUCCAGAGGUGGGUACGGCAGCGACAGCGACGAGCCAAAGGCAGCAAACGAACAAGUCAAAGGUCGCAAGAAAGACAAAAGGCAUUCGCAGCAGCAGCAGCAGCAGCAGCAGCAGGAAGAAGCGAGCAAGAGCGUGCAGCAGUUCCUCAAGUUACGCAACAGCGACGCGCUACGUCAAGUUGAAGAGGUUGAGAAGUUCCUCGCCUUGGGCGAUGAUUUUGUCAAGGAGGUCGCUGCGGUUGUCAAUCGAGGACCGGAAAGCGAGUCGUCACCUGUGCUGAUAGUGGAGGGUGCUGCAAAUGUGAAGAAGCCUCUCUGUUUCAAAGAAGUCUUCGGGAAUGACCUACCAGUGCGCUUGGAGGUUUGUAGCGGACACGGUGACUGGGUCACGGAGCGAGCGCAGAGGGACGAGGGUAAGGCUAACUGGCUUGCGUUGGAGAUGCGUCGAAACAGGAUCAGGAUGACCUGGGCAAAGGCCGUGCGUCGAAGGCUGGAUAACGUUGCCUUGCUGUGCGGCAUGGCCCACGAGAUGAUGGGCGCGCACGUGCCAAGCGGUUCACUGACGGAGGUGUAUGUCAACUACCCAGAUCCCCCUGAGUGGGUGGGUAGUUCGCAGUGCCUUGUCGACCAAGCGUUUCUUCGCGACGCGCACCGGUCUCUGAAACCAGGUGUUGGUCACCUCACGCUCGUCACCGACGACCCAAACUACGCCAUGAGAAUGUGCAGAGAACUGAGUAAGGUUCUAAGGCUAUUCAAGCCCACGGAACACGGGGGGAAGCCGUUUAAGAGCGGGGUACCUGAGGGAUACGGAGGAUCCUACUUUGACGAAAUGUGGAAAAAUGGCCGGCAAAACGAUAGAUACUACAUCCGGUACAAGCGUGUCUGAUAG